UGACAUGUCCACCAUGUCAACCUUCGCUUCUCUCGUCCUGCUGUUGUCUCUGGCAGCCCGAAUGACAAACUCAGCCAGGAUUCUGGGCGUCAUCCCCACGGCCUCCAUAAGCCACCAGCUGCCAUUCCGACUUAUAGCUCUGGAGCUCGGCAGGAGAGGCCACCAGGUCACGCUCAUGACCACUGAUCCCAUAAGAAAAAAUAUCCAGAAUUACACAGAAAUAGACCUGUCAAACUCAUACGACUACGUGAGGUCAGCGUUUGAUUUUGUGUCAAUGUCAGACGACAGCCCAGUCGAAAUGAUCAAAAUGUGGCCUGGUGCAGGAGAAAAAAUGUGUCAAAUGCAGAUAGAGUCCCCACAGGUCCAGGCUUUCAUUCGGUCCCAGCCGUCUUUCGACGUUGUUAUCCUGGAAAGGUUGGUGUACCAGUGCUACUACGGUCUGAUUCACCAACUGGGAUCCCCACCAAUGAUAGGCUUCGUAUCUCUGAGCGCACCAUCUCCAGUACUCUCAUCUUUUGGGAAUCCCAACAACCCCGCCUAUUCCCCUGAUUUCAUGGCGGGCCACACCGACCACAUGUCCUUCUGGGAAAGACUAUACAAUGCCUACGUAAUAACACGCCUUCAUUAGGCAUGGAACUGUCAAAUACUUCCAACUCAAGAGAAGAUGCAAACGAAGUAUUUUGGUCCUGGUCAUCCGUCUGUGCACGAAACUGAAAGGAAUUUCAGCCUCCUCCUCGUAAAUAAUCAUUUCAGUAUGAACUAUCCGCGACCGCUGCUGCCUAAUAUCAUUGAGCUGACGGGGCUGCAUCUAGAGAAACAACGGAAGCCAC